AUUAUCGCUACCAAAGUAAAAAAGUAAGAAACCAAAAACGCAUGGUCAACAUUUAAUAAAUAAUGAAUGCGAUUAGAAUUCAACCGGAGGAGCAAGCGAAGAGAAAAUGUCGAAACAAACUUCUCUACGUAAAUAUGGAAAACAAUCCAAGAAACCCAAAGCCGAUCGUUUGUUCGUCGAUCUACCACAGACACCAAUGCGAAAUCAGCCCCAGAAAGUAAUACAAGAGCAGGACGAUGAUAGUUCCGAUAAAAAAGUGCUGGAGGAACUGGUUGGAGGGAUCUCUGCUAUGGCGAUACAAGACCAAAACAUUGCACCACUACAUUCUCUCCGACGCUCUCCUAGACGAAAAGAGCAACAGGCUCUCCUAAAACCAUCACCACCACCCCUUACCCCGGCUCAACUCCGAGGACUCCCGGUAAUAAGCCCACCUAAGCAAGAAAUCCAAGAUCAACUUAAGGAUGGAGAAGUGAAGGAAUUACAAGUGCUUUCCUGGGCCGACAUAUGCCCACUAGGAGAUAAGAUCGUUAAGAUAGCGGAGGCUUCUUAUGCGGAAGUCUAUCGCGUAACGAACGAACGCGGGACCAGCAUCAUCAAAGUUAUCCGGAUGGAAUCACCGAUAAAAGCACAAACAAAACCUCAACAAAAAUCGGGACUCGUUGACGAAGAACCACACUCCGAGUCAGACUUGAUGGGCGAAUUAAAGAUCUCGGAGUGGCUUGCCGAUAUACCAGGCUUCGUCGUCUACAAAGAAAGAUAUAUAGUUCAGGGGAAAGCUUGCAAGGAGUUACUCGAGACACACCAGGCAUUUCACAAGAAGUUAAAACGGCAGGAUCCAGGUAGACUUCAAUUCUACCCAUCGCCAAGCCGAUACUUACCUGGCACCAAGUUCUUGGUGGUUGAGCUAGGUGAUGCAGGGACGGCACUUGAGGAUUUUGAGCUAGAAUCUGCCGACCAGCUAUGGGAUAUAUUCUUUCACGUUGCCAUCGCGCUCGCUCGUGCCGAGGCUCAUAUAGGAUUUGAGCAUCGGGAUCUUCACGAGGGUAAUUUAUGUAUCCGUAGGAUAACAGAACCGAUUCCCACGGCAGACCGAGGACGUUCUAGCUGCUUUGGAUUUUCCGGUCUCGAUGUGACCAUCCUCGACUACGGGCUCUCUCGAGCUCACGCCGACUACGAGGACGAAGAUUCUUUACCUAUUGCCUAUGAUCUAGAAAGAGAUUUAAGCAUUUUCACCAGCGAACACGCACCCCAGUGCGAGGUGUAUAGACGUAUGAGGUCCUUUAUGUUGCGAGGAGACCGAGUGUGCCUACCCCCCAAAAGUCACAAAACACCUUACGAAGAGGGAAUCGAUGGCCCAAUUUGCUGGGCUCAACACGAGCCUUACACGAAUGUCUUAUGGCUUGCGUACAUCUACCAAUGGAUGGUGAAGCAUUUCAAGGGACCCAAGAAAGAGGUCAAUGUUUUCAAGCGCGCCACCAAGGAAUUCUGGACAUACCUCGACCCUGAUGCCGCCGAUGAUGUACCGGGCUUCGGAAGUGCUAGCGAUAUUGUGAGGUUCGCGCUAGAGUCGGGAUGGAUAGAGGAGGACCAGUUGAUGGGUAUGCGGGAUGAAGUCGAGAAAUCGAUAUUAUCGGUUCUAACGACUAAUGACUUGGGAAGGGAGAUAGAUGAGGAAACUUUUGCAGAAGCAUAUCUAAGAAGAUAGCCCAAAAGGCGUUAACGUAAUGCCGUGUAAGCUGUCGGAAAUAGAUAUGUCGAUCAACGGCGUUCGGGUUAAAGGGUUACAGGAUCGAGUUUAUGGACCGGCAUUGGUCUACGGUCGUUAAGGUCAAGGGAAGGAAAGGAUAGGAUAUGGGAUACCAUUUGAUAUAAAUUAUUAAUCAUGCCGAGAUAGCCUAUGUGAUUAUGUCUGAAGCCGAUCUCUAUCUAAUCCAUACUGGUGGAUGUAAGGGCGACUCGCUAUUUCACUUACUGGGGGAGUCACAUACUCCAUCCUGAUAUCUUGUUUUUGGAAGGCCUGAAAUAGCACAAACCAGU